UAUAAUAUAACUGUUGGCAACCCUGUUCAUGACGUCACAAUUUUCUUUAGUUUAUGGUUGAAGACAAGACAUUUUAUGUUGUGUCAUUAUAAAUUGUAAUAUUUUUUGUUAGCUGAAAUCAAUUUGGAUAAAAAUCAUGUCUGCGACGGCAUUAUUUGGGAAUACUUCGGCCCUCGGAGGUAGUUCUGGGGGCAACAAGCAUUUAGUGGAGUUCCGAGCUGGCAGGAUGACAUUGAAAGGGCGAAUGGUGCAUCCCGACAAGAGGAAGGGUUUAUUGUACGUGUACCAAGGAGAGGACUCGCUGAUGCACUUUUGCUGGAAGGACCGCACCACAGGCGAAGUGGAAGAUGAUCUUCUCAUUUUUCCUGAUGAUUGCGAGUUUGUACGCGUAAAUGAAUGCACUACAGGCAGGGUUUACGUUCUUAAGUUCAAGUCGUUCUCGAAGAAGUAUUUCUUCUGGAUGCAGGAACCAAAAACGGAGAAAGAUGACGAUUACUGUCGCCGCAUUAACGAAGCAUUGAAUAACCCGCCAACUUCUGGAGCUCACGGAGGGAGUGGUGGUGGUGCACAGGAUGGAGAACUGAAAAACCUGCUCAGUAACAUGUCUCAGCAGCAACUAAUGCAGCUCUUUGGAGGCGUUAAUCAAAUCACAGGCUUAACUUCCCUGCUUGGAAUGGGGAGCAACAGUGGUGCGACAAGCGGGCGUCAGUCCGGCGGCGGCGGCAGCAGCGGCAGCGGCAACAGUUCGCGCGGCGGCAGCGCGCCCCGCAGCGAGCCCGCGCCCUCCACGCCCGCGCCAGCGCCGGCCGCACGGCCCGCGCCUGCUCGUCAUGCGCCCACAGCCACCCCGCCUAAUACCGCCAGUGCGACGCAACCUCGCAGUGGUCAGAUUUUCCUGUCGGAUUUGCAACGUUACUUCUCGGGGCUGGGCAACGCUCCGCCGGAGGGCUCGGGCGGGCAGGGCGGCGCGGGCGCGGCGCCGGCGGCGGACGCGGGCCGCGUGGAGCUGGGCGCGGCGCUGGCGGCGCCCGACGUGGUGGCGGCGGCCAGCGCGCCCGCCAGCGCGCAGCGCCUCAAGCCGCACCUGCCGCCCGCGCCGCCCGGCGGCACGCAGGACGAUGUAAGGACCACACUGCUCUCACCGCAGUUCGCUCAGGCUGCGAACCAGUUUUCGUCGGCGUUGACUUCUGGACAAAUGGGUCCGGUGAUAUCGCAGUUCGGGCUGCCGGCUGAAGUGGCGGCCGCUGCUAACACGGGAGAUAUGCAGGCGUUCUUUAAGGCGCUGGAGUCCACGGCGAACCAGUCCGACAGCAGCAAGUCCAAAGAUGAAGAUACGAAGGAUGACGACAAGAAAGACGACAAGCCGAAAGAUGGAAAAACCGAUGAGAAGAAAGACGGCGACGGUGCCAUGUCGUUAGAUUAAUUUCUUUGUCUAUUGCUGCUAUCUAAUUCAGCAUCUUUUGGAACCAGUUGCUGAUGGUUCAAUUUAUUUUUAUUGAGGUUCUUUAAAAUAUUAAUCCAACCAGAAUGUAAUUUUAAAUUUAAUACGAACGAGACUACUGUAUAAUUUAAUUUUUAGGUUCCUUAGAUUGAAAGUGUUAUAGAUUUGACCUUUAGGCAAAUUGUCUAUUAUCACUUUGGCUGUCAUCAUACAAAAACUGGCAGUAAAUAUGAAUGCCUUAUGAUUUUUGUAGGUACUUACUUUCGUACAUAACAUUUCUUGGGGUAUUUAGUUUAUCUAUAAUGUUUUUAAUCCUAAGUUCCAAUGUGUAUCUCGGUUGAAAAUAAAAUGUACUCUCAUA